AUGCCACGCACCCCGAGAACGGAUUUUAGGUUCAAUUUUCGUGGGAGUUCUGUUCAUUCAACCCGAAUUGAAGGCAACCGAGGGACGAAUUCCUGGUUGGACAUUUACGUAAGCUUUUUUCUUGGUAUUUUAUUGUUUUAGCAGAAUAACAAGGAUGUCUUCAACCUUAUCAAUAAAAUCAACCGUUUUUUUGGCCAUGGUAAGCUGUUUUGUUAUUAUUUUUUGAUUUUAGAAGAGAUUUCCAUUUUUUUUAUAUUAUUCAUGGCAAGAGUCUUAUAAAUCGUUUGCAGGAGGCAGAAAUCAUGAAAUCGAUCAAGAGAAAGGCCGUGUGGUAGUUGCUAAAAGAGGUAAGAUUGGAUUUAGGUAUUCUUAUUUUGUUUUUAGGUAAUAAAUUAUUACCUGGAAUUCGGUUUCACUCCUGUCGGCCGUAUUUUUGCUCAAAACUAUGCCCAUUACGAUGCUCGGAUUAGACACAUGCACUAUGAGGUAAAUGAAUGUCUUUUUUUCUGAAAAGGAUAAGUAAAUUUCACAUUGCUUUUGAUUUCCAGGAAGUUCAUUUAGCGUCCAUGUUCUUCAAUCCAUCAUCCCUUGACUUCGGCCAUAUCUGGCAAAACUGUUCUUCAGCCCCAUCCAUCGACUCUCCGGCCGAUUUUGGACAAUAUUGUGGAAAAACCGCAUGUUUUAUAUGAAAAUGUAGGUCGUUUAUUAAUAAAUAUUGUAACGAUGAAGAGGGACGUUUUUUCUUCAUAAUUUCGUAAAUGUACGAUUUAUCAGCUAAAAUUUUCACCCUAAACGGUGUUUUUCCGUCAAAAAGGCCAAAACGUGAUGGCUGAAAAACUGAGGGGGCGGGGCUUAUUUUGGGACGUCGCAAAAACGCCGUUUUGCUACCUCCUCUCUCGCGGAGGUAGCGAAAACGCCGAUUCGCGACCGACUUUUUUCGGAGGUCGCGAAAAGAAGGAUUCGCUACCGCGACCACGUCGCAAGUCGAUCAUUUCGCUACUUUUUGAAAUUGGCAGCGAAUCCAGCAAACAUUCUCGAGCUCGAGAAAAAAUUCUUAUUCCUUCGCUCUUAUAUACUUUAAUUUCUGAAAGUCAUAGGUCGCCGUUUACCAUGAGAGUUGAGAUAUUCAACGAUAUUUGAUUAUAGGCCGAGGUCAGCAAGUCAAGAAUGGUUUUUCGCCUGUAACUUUUUGAAUGCCUUUGCUAAAAAGUUCAUUUUUGCCAUAGACAUUGUUCAUCUCAUUUGUAAUACUUUGCCUUUUGAACAGUCACCGGACUGGGCGCACGCACUGUGCAAAAAGCAAAAGUUCACUUUGCACUGUGCACAUUCCUGCAAUAGACUGUUUUUGGGCUGUUGCUCGCAACCGGAGUUUUUUUGGACAUAGAAAGCGUCAAAAGUCAGUCUGGCAACAUUUUAGAAGGCCUAGUAGACCAAAAAAGUCAAAUUUUUUAUGUGUAAAUCGGAGAAAAAACCGAUUUUUUGCCAACUUUCCACUUAAAAAUGUCAAUUAUCAAAGCUUUUUAAUCUUAUUUUUUAACCAUAUUUCUAUUCUAAAUUUACCCCAAAUUACGCCUUUCAAUUCCCAGCUCUUUCCCCCCAAAAUUUCAACGACAAUUGAAGGCUCAACUCCCUUCAAAAACAAAAAAAACUGAUACUUCCUUUGUCGCCAUUCCGAGAAAUUGGAUUUUACAGUUUUGGUCGGCCGAAAAAAUGUAGGCUUCCUGGUGGGGGGAAUAAUAUUGCCUCUGGCAACAAAAGCGGAGACGGCUCGAAAAAUGGAAGGGAAAGGAGGAAGUUUCUUUUUUUGUUUCGGAUUGCUUUGAGGUCCUUUUCGGUGCUUUCUCUCAAAGUGUUUGGGGACUUUCCACAGACGCUGUGAGUGAAAUGUAAGUGGUUCAGGGAAGCGCAGAUGUAUGUGCGAAUUGACGUGUGAGGCCGAGUUCCAUAUUGGAAAUUGUGUGUUUGCGAAUGCGAUGUCUGUGCUUCGGCUUUCUCAAAGCUCUAGGUGUCUUAUUUUUUAUUUUUCAUUCUUUUUGAAGAAAUUUGAGCCAUAUUUUCAAAUACAAGUUAUUCGAUAUUGAUAUUGGAAUGUCAAAAAAAUAAUGAGCAAAUGUCGCUGCGAGAACUGCGUCGCUAGUGAAAAGCAAUUUGAUUUUGUCGCGAGAAAACUCGUUUUCUCGGCGAUGCAAUUUUCGAUGCAGAAAAAUGCUCAUUAUUUUCCCGACAGGGUGAUAACAAAAAUUUGAUAGGAUAUAUCGCCCUGUCUGGAAAAUAAUGUGGAUUCGUCGGGCUUUGGAAUCGCUCUUCAUCGUGUUGCAACGGCUAGCAGCGGCUGGGAGUUCGGAGAACCGAAACCUUUUGCCUUAAUCCACAUUAUUUUUCCGACAGACUAUUUAAUAGCAAAAAGCGACAAAAAGAUUUAAAAGUCAUCUUAGUUAUGCGACAGAGUGCUUAUUAUUUUCCCGACAGACUGAUAACUCUAAAGUUGCCUUUUAAUAUUCCACUUGACAACAUCAGGGUCUAUUAUACAUAAUACAAUUUAUGUAGUAUGUAGUUACACAAGUUUUCCACAAAAAAUGCAUAUAAUAAUUGUUUUGCAAGUUGAAAAGGUUAUUGAGAAAAAAACUUUUUUUCUCUGGCCGUCUCUCCUCAUUUUCCGUAGUCUCAUCAAAAAAAUAUACUUGAAUAUCUCAGUUCCGCUUAUGACAUGGCAGCUUAUUAUGAUAUUUUUAGGAAUUCGAUGACUUGAAAAUCAGUAAAAACUUUUCGAAUUUUGUGUCUAAACCUGUUGAUAUUGUGCAUCAAAAUCCACAAUAUCUCACUUGGAAUAAACCCUAAUUUUUUCGAAUCAAAAAUCGGAGGCUUUCUAAAUUUUUUGGGGCCAAGUCAACAUCAUUUUUGAGGCUAAAAAUCCCUAUAAUUUCUGCAAAUUAUAAGCCAAAUUUUGACAUAUUUCCCCGCCAAUUAUAACGUCUACAAACAUACCAUAAUAAUUACGAAAAACUUCCGUGUUCUGGCCCACCCCAAUCUUUCUCUCACUCCCCCAUUUAAUGUCACAACAUCUAAGCGUGCCGCACACGCUAAUCAUCAGACAUUGUCGGCUCAUUCAUUCAACAUGCUCUCCCAUGCCCGGCGGCACCCGCAUUUCACGCAUUCCCUCGAUGGUUGUUAGGCGGGCAGGGGGCGAGAGGAAUUAUUUUCUCUUACAUCUAGCCACGGGGGGGGGAGGGGAGCUGACGUGUGCCCUGAACGUUGCAAUGGUGGGGGAGGGGGAGAUGGGAGUUGCUGAGGUUGUCGCAACUUUUAGCGAUUGCUGUCGGUGAAAACUUUCGGUGUGUCACCAUUUGCAAUGUCAGCCCGUGGAAGCUGUCCAAGGCGCCGGGGACGGAUUUGGAGGCGUUGGUAAGGGGUUUGAUUGGGGUCUGCAAGGUACUCAAAGUGCGACACUCAGGUUUUGAUAAAACUUGAGGCAAUUUUGAGUUAUUUUUUCUCAUGCAUAUGCAAGACUUCUAGCUCACGCUUUGCAGAAACCACCGAGUUUUUUAUGUGAAAAGUGGGCGAAAAUGCUCCAUUGUUUUUCAAUUUUGGCAAUCAAACUUGCACAACGCAUAUUUUUAGAUAUGAUAUAGGGCCCUGUUUCCAUAAAAAAAAUCGUUUUUUUCCGCAUUAAAUUGUCAAAGCUAUAGCUAAUUUGAAUUGUGUCACGGAAAAAUUAAAUUGCUUUUCACUUCGCUAUUUUCCCGGCUGACUGAUACAGCGAGGGACCUGAUCCAAUGGCAAAAAACGUCUCACUUUGCAUCCCGGAAGGAACCAAAAUGACUCAAACCCCUUCCCUUCUCUAAGCUAAGAAACUCCGCUUUGAAAAGCGCGCCCUUUCUUUCAAGUAUGUAAAGAAAAAAUCCGAGCGAAACAAUUGAGGCACUUCCUUGUUAGGAGAAAUGGGUUUAACUUGUGCUUCAUUAAACACUCAUAUUACACAGGUUUAGUCUGUCCUUUCUCUUCAAAACUGCUCAAUUUUUUCGCUACCAAACAUGGUAUCUUGUGUUUACUGAAGUCAUCAAAAAAUGCUCUAUUCCUUAGCAUUUUUGCUUAUGUAUUUUGUGGGUUUAAGGCUCUUAACUCAAAAAAAAUCAAGUCAAACCGACCCGCUUUUCACCCAUAAUUCCCUUCUUAGCUUUACAAUCUCUCCCUAUCCCUCUACUAUCCUAAAACUCUAUUGUUUUUGGCUUAAAAUUCAGCUCAAGAUUUGAAAAAACUUCCUCAACCCAGCCUCUUUAUUUCUCAUCAUCAACAAGCACACCCCGAUUUUUCUUUGAUUUGAAGAGCGAUUUAACUUUAUAUAAACAAUUUGAAGGGCUGAUAAGGGAACCGACUCUCACUCCGAUUACUGUAGCUUGAACAUCGAGUGGUAUUUUUUUGUUUGAUGAUUAGAAUUUGUCAAACUUGCGGUUUUUGAAAUUAUGGUAUUGGAAGCAUUAUAAAAAUUGUUAAAUUCGUUAAAAACGCGUUGUUUGCGAAUCAUUUUUUUGUUCAUAUAACAGCGGUAACAUGGCCUAAACACCAACUUGAGAUUGUUUUUGAAAACAAAUUUUUUUUGGAUAAUUUAAUUUUUGGUUGUUCGUUGCAUUGAGCUUUAAAAAAGUGUCGACAACAAAGGAAAUAUCGCUUUUUUUGAUUCAUGAAAGUUUUAGCUCGCACUUGGCAUCAGCAGCCGAGAUAUUGAAAAAUCUUUGCCGCCGAGAGAGUACGCGAAACGCGGAGAGCGGUCAGACAAAAAAGAAACACUUUUUGGCCAUAUCUUUGCCAAUUUCGGGGGGAAAAUUUUGAUUUUUUGUGGAAACAUUUCCCUCUAUGGUAGAAAUAGACAUGAAAAUUUUUGUCCCGAAAUUUGGCCAAAAGUCUCAAAAUUUCGCCGACUUUCGGGCCAAAAAUCUCGGUUGUUUCUGACAAGGAAAGUACUUUUAUGGGGGCUCCUACUUUUUGACCGGACAUAUCUCAAAAAAUCAGAAAAAAUGUGGUGAUCAAGGAUAUAUGAAUCUUAGCUGCCCAUUUUAGGUUUUUAGGGGUGAAAACUCAAUCGGAAGUUGACGUAAAGUCCUAUAUGAACCCCUUUUCGUUUAAUUUUUCAUAGGUUUACAAUUUUUAUUUUGGCUUAAAAUGGUGUUUAUUGAGUUUCUAAGAUGUAAUAAGUCAGUCUUGGCCCAAAAAUUUAUUUUUCCGACCUUCAACUUCAAAAAAAGAUGAUUCAGCCCAAAAGGGAAAUCGAACCCGUGCGGCGUUCCCCCUGUUGAUUCCCAGACUACGGCACUAGCCACUCGGCCACACCGCUCUCUUCCGAAGGAAGAGACCGAAUGCGCUUUUUAUCGUUUCGAAUGCCUGCACCUUUUGUAGGGAAAUUAAGCCAGUUUUUGGGCAUUUUCACCCCUAAAAACCUAAAAUGGGCAGCUAAGAUUUAUAUCUCCUUGAUCACCACAUUUUUUCUGAUUUUUUGAGAUAUGUCCCGUCAAAAAGUAGGAGCCCCCAUAAAAGUACUUUCCUUGUGAAAGGAGCGAGCAAGGAUUCUCGCAUAUAUUUUAGAAAAAAAAUGUUUUAAAUUUAUGCCAAUUUUCGUCAAAAAUCUGAGCGUCAAACUUGGGGUACUUCCCUUGCAAGUCUUUGUUUACUUACGGCCUAAAAAAUAUCGUUUUUCUCCAAAAUGCAAGAAAAAAAAUUCUACUGCAAACUCCCAAAUUUCUAUGGCACUUCCACCAUAAUUUUUUUUAACUUUACACACUGAUUUUUUAGACUUUUUACUGUAAUUUUUUCAAAAAAAGUGCCCAAAAACUUAAUUAAGCGCCUCUGUGCAUUCUUAAAUUCCUUCUCCUGUUAUACUUCCUUCCUUUUAUCUUUCGGUGCAAACAAUCGCCGAUUCCAAUCGCUCGUCGCAAAUCACACUAGACUACAUUCCGCGCAUCAAUUUCUUGGCGAAUUUUGGGCGCUUUCGCGGGGACUUUCCAGCGAAAAAAAAGGUUUUUUUAAGUUACAAUUGAAGGGAAUUUUGACCGAUCAAAUAGAUUUUUUAAGAAAAAAUUUAACUUUUUCUUACUUUUUGGAAAUUUUUCUAUGUGAAAACAGCAAAAAAUCCUCAAAACAAUGACAUAUUUUACCGAAAAAGGACUGAAGUUUGCUCCUGCCAGUUUCGGAGGCUUUAUCAUACCCAUAAAACUGUCAAAACUUUUGAUUAUUUUAAUGGGCCCCAUAAAAAAUGUUGUUGUCUGUGCUUGCGAGCCGCUUUGUUAGUUUUUUCCCCAAACUAAGGACCCAUUUUAACGGAGUUUUUGUUCUUAAUUGAGGCUGAAAAUGACUUUGUUCUAGACAUUUUUUUCAAUGUCUAGGCAAAAUUUUUUUUUCAUUUUUGAGCCAUAAAUUUUAGAUUUUAUUGGCUGUGAGGUGGGCAAUUUUUCUACAAAAAUCACGUUUUUUCAUUGAGAAUUCGAAAAGUUAUACGCAAAAAGUUUUUCAAAGCCGUUGGAUGCUCGGCGGAGGCUUGGCGAAGACUUGCAAUAUGUCAUAUUUUUCUAAUUUUAACUAUUUCUACUAACGUCAGUUUUCUCUACCCUAAGUUAUUGUAACAUAUAAAAAACCUAAAUUUGCGGCAAGUAACGAAGAUCCGUUGCUUUUAUCUAGUUAUUACUGAUGAGAUUACAUGUAAAAUACCUCAAAUAGGUGAGAAUCUAUGCUAGGACCCGACCAAUCUUAUUAUUUCUACUAACUAAGCCUUCUACAAGCCUUCCCUAUACAUACAACGACCAAUUGACACGAUCCACAGACAUUGUCAGCCCAAAAAAUCGUGCGCCGUGUCUGACACAAUCAUAAUUUUAGUCACAAUCUUUUGUGUUUUAUUCUCUAAAUCUAGUCGAAUUUUGUUCCGAACUUCAUCUGGCUGCUCCCUACUACUUCUUGUUCAGAUUGUUCUCCUUUGUUAACAGUAUUCUUUUUCUUAAAAAAUUUGCCGGACACUCCCAAAAAACUAGUCAUCUUUCCAAUCAUUUUUUGGCACAAAUAAGUUGAUUCUCAUCGAUAAUACCGUUUUUUCCUUUGCUAAAUAUCUUUUUUUGGCCUAUAAGUUAUAGGGAGUCUAAUAAUAGGCCCAGUACCGCUCGUGGGAUCUCUUCCUUGAAAUUCCGUAUAUUGAUUUCAAAUAGGCCACAAAAUAAUCACUGAAAAAUCUAUGUCAUUAUUUGCAAGGAGUGCCAAGAUAUUACCCGGUCUUUUUAUGGAGUUAUCUGAAGAAAUUAGGCCUAACGGACACAUUUUUUUGCUUAGAAAAUAUGUGUCGCGAAGCUCAAUUUUAGGCCGAAAUAAACCUCUAUGUUACAGAACUCUUUUAUCAGUUUGUCGAGAAAAUAAUGAGCCCUCUGUCGCCUCGCAUCACCGCCGAGAAAAUUACUCAUGCCGCGGCAAAAUCAAAUUGCUUUUCACUUCAGCGAGCGAUUGGCGACAACGACAUUGCGUUCAUUAUUUUCCCGACAGGCUGAUAUUUAUUAUACAUACACCUCUCUUAUCAAACCUUUAAGUUUACCGAACCAAACACCACAAAUUGCCCUCUUAUUUGUCGCGUAAGAGGGCCGAGAACUUCAAGCGUUGUUGAUGAUCUAAACCCGAAAAAGAGGCGGAGUGAAGCGCGCGUGGGGGGAUCUUUGUUUUGCCCCGAGUAUCCUUGCACUCAUAAAAUUAAACUUCGUCCCUUUUUUCAGAUUAGUGAUCUCCGAAUUGGGAGGGCGAGGAAUGUGGGACCAAGGUUUGCAAGGGGGAUUUGGAAGGGUUUUAGAGGAAUUUUUUGAUGAAUUUUGUAUUUAUUAAGAUGAUGAAAUAAUGGGUUAUGAAACUAAAAUAUCAGAAAAAAAGCUUGUCGGGAAAAUAAUGAGCACAAUGUCAUUGCACCAGUCGCGUCGCAGUGAAAAGCAAUUUUAUUUUUCCUUCAUUUUCUCGUCGGUGAUGCAAUUUUUGAUGCGAAAGAGUGCUCAUUAUUUUCCCGACAGACUCAUCAAGACUUUUUGACCCACAAUAUAAGCCUUUUCAAAAAAAACAUGGACUUUUUUCACCACAUUAUUUUCCCGACAGACUGAUAUUAUAACUUUUUUUUCUUGCGGAUGAAGUUACAUAAGUUUAAUCUAGAUCUUGCUGAAACUUUAAGCAAAUUAAGAAUAGCAUUUUCUAAGGAAUCUGCGAAUCUUUUUGCUUGUGCUUUGCUAAAAAUAAUCGUAAUUGUUGAGUGAAAGGUUGGUCAGAAAUUUGAAAUUUUUGGUCUCUUUUUUACUUGAAAACUGUAGCGUCUAUUGGCAGCAAUACCAACAGUUCAAAGUGGAGUCUCAACUUUGAGCUUCUGAGUGCCUGCAGGGUCUUUUUUACCGUUGUACUCGAUGGAAAAUGCUGACAAAAUCAUGAAACUUAAGACUUCAUUUUUACUUGUCGGGAAGUAUAAAUUAUUUUUACAAUAUCUCGGCUCUCAUUAUAAUUACUGUGCUACAAUUUUCAGCUAUUCAUUUAUAACCUUUUCAAAGUAAACAUGCAAAAUUUAAAGCAAAUUGGAGACUUCCAAAUAGGACAGUUCUCCCAAUUUUCCUUAUCCCUAAUGUCAUCAAGUUCCCCAUUUUGGCCCUUUUGUGCUAAAAUAUUCUAUGCUCAAACUCCUUUCCUCCCGCGUUGUGACGCACCCCACCAACGCUCCGGCUAAUUACAUUUUUACACACCGCGAAAUACGGCCCAACGAAUUGAGGCAUAAGCCGCGUGUUGGCGUGCCGCGGGGUAUUCGUUAAUUCCCCCCUUUCUCCGAAUGCAGGUGGUUUAAGGCUCGAGUUGCACAAGGCUGCGGUGUCGGGUUCCAUGCAAUUUGCAAAUUUGACGUGAUGCUCGAUAGUUGUAUCUCAAUUUCGAGAGCUGAGGAGAGAGUUUUGGAUAUUGUUUUAGAUAGAAAUUUGGUUUUAGGCGGUUUUUUGGCUGGAUUUUGGGACUUAUUGACAGAAUGUUGGAUUUUAAAGACAUUGAAAGAAUUUUCGCCCUCGUAUUUUAAAAUAUUAGAGUCAAAUUUCUUUUUGAAUUUGCGAUUUUCUAUAGACUUUCAAAAUACCCGGGUAUAUAAUGUUUCGGCCGCUUAUGGCCGCGCCAUUUGGAUUUUCCUCAAUUUUCUUAGUCAGUAAGCUCUAUAAGGGCUCUAGCUAUUAUAAUAAAAAAAUCUUUUGAUACUGUAGCCUUUCAUUCUGUCUAAAUCUGACAUUUUUUGUCAACUGUCCGACUUUUUUUUAUCAAUCUUUUCUUGGCCAAUUUUCGUGGCCAUGAACGUCUUCGUGCUCUGCUGACAUUUUUACUUGAUAAAUAGUGGUCUAUAUACUGUAUUCUUCUUUUAGUUUUGAUAACUUUUCCUUUUUUGUAUACUUUUUGACACCUUUUUCAAUAUCACCUACCAAAUUUUAUUUUCAAAAAAAUAUCGAUUCCGCUGUUUACUACACCCUUUCCAACCCCAUAUUCCUCGCUAAUUACCCCCUCAUUUCAGCCCACCUACAAAUUUGGGGCGUCCAAGGAGCUGGCUCAGUUUUCGCAAGCAAAAUUUGCAUAUCCAGCCCCCAAAGAGGCCAAGAUGGAGAUCGACGUGAUGGAUAGGGCCAACGAGUUCAUGCUAGCGCAGCGACAUCAUCAGAACUUCCUUCAAGCCAACGCCAGCCUUCAGCACAACUUUGUGACGCCGUCGAUGGCGGAUCUGAAUCAAGCGCCGCCCGAGAUGGACUACGUUGGGCCGGGAAGGCGGCGCUCGAAGAAAACUUUAUUUUGUGAUGUCUGCGGGGACACGGUAAGUGCUUGAGUAUUAGUAGCUUGAUUUUUAGGGAAUAUACGAGGCUGCGGAAUACAGAAAGCUUUGAUUUCUAGCUUUACCUGAUCGGGGGAGCCAUUUUUUACGCAAAGCUUAUAUUGCACUGUGCGAAAAUAAAAAGCUUAUGCCCUGAGGGCGUUGCAGGAAAAAUGUAGCAUAAUGACUGACAGGUUGCAGUAUUUUAGGAUUGCAGACACAGGAAACCAUUUUUCUUGACUUUCCUCGUAUUGGGUGACGUUUUAUACGAUGAAAACUUUUUCGCACAGUGCAAAACAAAAAUUUGGCAAAAACAGGUUUAAAAUUCUUCUUUCUCAAUUUUGAUGGUGAAAUACGAAUAUUUUCUUUAUACGAGCCUUUGGUAUUCACAGAAAAAUCAUCGAAAUCCUCAGGAAAAGCAAGAAAAACCUACUUUUUUGACUCGCACAGUGCAAAAUUAAGAAAAAAUUCUUAACUAGGAAGAUAAAAAUUUUCGAAUAUCUAUGCUGGUAAAAUACGCGUUGUCCAUUUUGAGUUUUCUUAAAGUUUUUUCAUCACAUUUUUUCACCACUCAUCACGCUCCAAAUUAAAAAUUUUGAAGCCCACGCGAGGAAAAGGGCUCUUUCUUGGAAGAGAAACAAUGGGAUUAGUCAUUUUUUAUGCAUGAAAGAGAGGACUAAUCCUACAACUUGUUCCGCUUUUCGGUUUCUUAUUAACAAGUGAUAUAAUACUUAAUGAAAUCAGAAAAAAAAAUUUUUUUUUUUUGAAAAUUUGUGAAAAAAAUAUUUUUGAAAAAAUUUUAAAAAAAUAUUUUUUUUUUAUUUUUUUUGAUUAUUAAUAAUAUUAUAUUAUAAAAAUAAACAAAAAUUUUUAUUUUUCAAAUAAAUUUUUUUAAAUUUCAGGCCUUGGGGCGUCAUUACGCGGUUAUAGCGUGCAACGGGUGUAAAGGUGAGGCAACUUUUUCUAAAUUUUUACUUUUCAUUUUUAGGGUUUUUUCGGCGUAGCGUCUGGAAUAAUAAGCGGUAUAAAUGCCGGUUCGAAGGGCGAUGCGUGGUGGCCAAGGAACAGCGAAAUGCCUGCAGGGCAUGCCGGCUAAAAAGGUGUUUAGAUGUGGGGAUGAAUCCGAGAGGUAAGCUUUUUCGAUUUUUUGGAUACUUUUGGAGGUUUUUUAAAUUAAAAUGUUUUUAAAUUUUAAAUUUUUUUUAUAAAAUACGAUAAAUAUUUCCAAUAUUUUUUUGUUAAAGAAGUCAGAAUAUCUUACAAAAAUUAAUGAGAUAACCUCCUGGACUCGAAAAUUAUUUAUUUUCGACUCUAGUUUGGGUUUUGUUUGCAUAAUUUUUUCCAAAAUCAAACAAAUUCGGGACCAACGAUAAGAAAAAUGUUGCACUCGGAAUGAAGGGAACACGACAGUUUUUGUAUUGAGAUUUGCAAAUACAAUUUAUGUACUCAAGUUUAGACAAAAUUAAUAUUUAAAAAAUAAGCCAUCAAGACUAAAAUUCGAAUAUUUAAAUUAAGAAUAAAAGUAUUUCCAAAAUACCCCGAGGGCAUAAUAAAGUAAUCUACGUCAGUUGUUGAUCUUUCUGUGCCCUUUUUUCGACAAUAUUUUUAGUUAUUUCGCGUAAAAGCGAAUUCCCAACCCAAAACCGUUUGUGCCGAAAAGUGCAAUCGUCUCAGACCUUCGCAAUAUUCGAAGAACGAGCUACCCCUCUGCCCAAAACAAUCAACAAAAUAAAGGGAUUAAGAUAAUGACGCGUUUUUAUGGGAUUCAUCAGACUUGCGUAAUGUUUGUUCAACGGAGUCGUAAAUAAAACGUAUCCCACAAAAUAUUCUGCGUAUAAAAUGUGCUUAAAAAAAUAUUUUUUUGUAUAAAAUGUCCCUACAAAAACGUAUUUUUUGUAUGAAAUGUGCCCUCAGAAAAAAUGAUUUUCGUAUAAAAUGUCCCUUCAAAAAAUGCUCUUCGUAUAAAAUUUCACUCUCGGAAAAAACGACUUUCGUAUAAAAUGUCACCUAAUUUUUGUGUGGUAUAGAUGUCGUCCUCAAAAAAAUUUUUCGUAUAAAAUGUCCCUUCAAAAACGUCACCAUCAAAAAAAAUUUUUUCGGAUAAGAUGUCGCCCUUAAAAAUAAAUUUUCGUAUAAAAUGUCCCUUUUGCAAAAAGAUUUUUUUUCGUAUAAAAUGUCGCUUAAAACUAGAUCUUUAGUAUAAAAUAUCACCCUCAAAAAAUAUUUAUUUUAUACCAUCUCAUCUUCAAGCAAUGUAAAAACAAAUUUCAGCCGUUCAAUACGAACGCAAUGACUCGGAACAAGUCCACACGACCUGGCGCUCCGACGAGGCGCAUCCCAACGAAACGGAGCAAGUUGUCAGCGUCUCCGCCUUCAUGGGACAGUCCUCCUCGUUCAGUGGGAGUGUGAGUGCGACGCCCGUUCCGUACGUGCAACAGUGCCACGCGGAAUGCCAAACACAGCCCUGCAAUUUGCCCAAAAUUGACGACAAGGGACGGGUGUUGUGUCCCGCUUACGACGAGACGGACUUCAAACGAACGCCAAUGUUUAUUCCGUCGCCGGAGGAGGAGAUGCGGCUGAGCAGUGUGGUUUUCGAUGCGGACUCACAACGACAGGUGCGAUUUGUUCAGAUCUUUUCACUUAUUUUUUGAGAUUUUGAGGUUUUUUAUGCAAUAUGCAUGAUUUUGAGAUUUUACAAAAUUUCGACUUAAAAAUCUCGAUGAUUUAUGCAAAUUUCGAUCUGAAAUUUUCACAGAUGCCUUAGAAAAUCUUUUUCUAUAUUUCUGACAAGUUUCAUCGAAAACAAACAACUUUGAAAUUUUGGAUACUUUUUGAUACUUUUUCAAAAACCUCAAAAAAAAUCGCUAAUAUUCCACUUUCAGGUGAUGCAUCUAAUCCAAAUCGAUGAUCAGGUGGUGGACGGUGUCGAGAAUACGGCGGAAAUAAUCCGCAAUUCCAAAAAAGACCCCAACGGGUACCCCUUCGUGGAUCUGUUCAAGAAUCCGGGCCUGGUCUGCGUCCGCAUUCGAAUCAGCCCCACGGCGGAGCGAAUCGCCGAACUCGAGGACACAGUGCAGGAUUGGCAACGCUGUUUGGUCUACUUUAUCGACUUUGUGAAGGCGGUGCCGGAGUUUCAAAGCUUCACGGCGGAGGAUCAGAUUUCGCUGGCCGAGAGCCGCUAUCCCGCGUUUCAUUGGUGGGCGGCGGCGAACUGGACGGUGAGGACGGGCUGCGAUGGCGUCUGCUAUUGUAACGGCUCGUAUUUCCCGCGGAAUCAACAGUUUCAACGGGUGUUGGAUCAGAGGUGAGUGGGUGAUGAUAAAGUUAGAAUUGAGAUAGAUUUGAGGGUUCCACGGGGUAAAUUUGAGCUUGUGGGGGCUUGAAAAGCUCUUAUGGUUCUGUCUACCAGCUGGGUCGAUAAAAUACAGCCCCUGUAGUAUACAAAUUACAUAAAAAUCAUUAUUUUUUUUGGCAAAAAGCGAUGUUUAAGUCAUCAAAAAAAAGAAAAAAAUAAAUUUUUCAAAACUCGACCGGUUGAUCUUCUUUUAAUUCGGCGUUAAUAGCCCUUCUGGAAAGUUGGACUGAAAUCGGCGACACGCACAGUGCGAAAACAAAAGUCUCCUUUGCACUGUGCAAUUUCUGGCUUUUUGCACCGUGCAAUGGACUUUUUUUUCUGCCGUCGCUCGCACCCUGCCUUUUUUCGCACAGUGCAAAAUUUUAGUCAAACUCUUUUUUGCACGGUGCAAAAAACCGAAAGUUAAAAAACUUCACUGUGCAUCGAAAAAAUAGAAAAAAAAAGUUUCUGUAGAAAUGUCCAAUACCUCUUACCGCUUGAGAAUGUUGGUGGAUGGAAUGCUGGGUGCGCCAAAAAUCAGUCCGGUGACUUUCAGGAAGAACCAGCGGUAUUUUCCAAAGGGGCAUGGACAUUUUUUCGCAACAAAACCGCGGCGGCGAUGUUGAAAACAGCUUACAGUACAAAAACAAAAAAAAAAGAUGAAUGCACCGUGCAAAAACUAAGAGAUCUUUGUCUUUUGCGGUUCGGGCCACGAAAAAUGUUCAUGCACUUUAUGAAAAUGCUGUUGGGAAAAUAAUGAGCACUCUGUCGCAUCGAAACUCGCAUUGGCAUUAAGAAAAUGAAUUGUUUCGCGACAAAAUCAAAUUGCUUUUCACUUCAGCGACACAAUCAGCGCAGCGACAUUCCCCUCAUUAUUUUCCCGACAGACUGAUACAAAAUUUCGAAAAUUUGAAGAAACAAUAAAAAAAAUCUUGCAUACUUUCAUAUCAUCCCACUAUUUCAUCUACAAAUUUCCAGACGGGUAACAGAGCGGAUGCUAAACCUAAUGGUCCGACCUCUCCGAAAACAUCCGAUCAGCCGACAAGAACAAGUCAUUCUCACCGUGUUGACCAUCUUUGCCCCCGCCAGUCUUUCCAAUCUCUCGCCGCAUGGCAGGGAAUGCGUUCGGUUCAUCCGAAAGCACUACACAGCCCUGUUGUACCGGUUGUUGGUGAGGAUCGCGCCGAUCGAGUCGAGAAGCGAGUGGGCCAGCGCCAGGAUCGGACACUUCUUCACGCUGCUGGCUUCGAUCACGGUAAGGGUUUGGAGAUUUUUGUGAUUUAGAGAGUGUGAAAAAGUUGAGCAAAAUUUAGAGAAUUUUUCCAGAAAAUGCGUAGAUUUUUCGUCGCAAAUUUUUUGCACUGUGCAUUUGCCCUUUUGCGCUGUACAAUCCAAAAGUCGCCAAGAAUUUUGGGCGCGCGUAAAAAUUCACUGUGCCCCGCGAAAAAAGUCUACGCACUUUCUGGAACGACUAGAAGUCCUAGAACAGCGGUUUUUUAGUUUGCACUAUGCGAAAAACAGCAAAAUGCACAUUGAGAUAGAUUGGAGGGUGCCACGGAGAAAGUUGGUGCUUUUGAGGGCUUGAAAUUCUCUGAUAGUUGUGUCUAUUAGCUGGGUUGGUAAAAUACAGCCUCUGUAGUUUACAAAUUACAUAAAAAUCAAUUUUUUGGCCAGAAGCGAUUUUUGUCCAAAAAAAGAAAACACGUAUAAAUUUCUCAAAACUCUUCCUUGAUUUCGGCGUUAAUAGCCUUUUGUGGACUGAAAUCGGCGACUUGUGCGAAAACAAAAAUUCUCUUUGCACAGUGCAAUUUCUUGCUUUUUGCACCGUGCAAUAGGCUUUUUUUUGGGCUGACUUUUUCGCACGGUGCAAACGACAAAAAUCAGUCCGGCGACUUUCCGGAAGGACUUGUAGAGGGUAGUUUUUCAUUAUCUACAUUUUGAGACCAUUAUAUCAGUCUGUCGGGAAAAUAAUGUGGAUUUAAGAUUUUUUCAGCAAGAUUUUUCAUCUUGUCGCAGUUAAAAAAUAUUUUAUUUUUAAAUUUAUUUUUUUCCUAUCCGAAUCUCUAACCGCGACUAGCCGUCAAAAAGAAAUGGUGGGAGAUUUCAAGGCGCGACAAAAAAUCCACGAUAAUUUUCCGACAGACUGAUAAAGCAAACACUAUUUUUUCGCUUUUCCUACUCUCCUCAUUCCGCGUGCUCUCUAAAAAACAACCUGUUUUGUCAUCUCGAACUAUGCUAACUCUAGCUAAAACCUUGUGGUAUUUUAAUAUAAAUUAAAAUGUAUCGUUAGUAAAUUACUGCACAAAAUAUUCUAGUCUUUUACCCUACUUUAAAUUCAUUUCCCCAAUUUUUCAAUUUUUCAGGAGCUCGUCCGCCUCUCUGCCGACAACGUCCGCUUCAACGAGGUCUUCAACGUGACCGGCUUUGGCGGCGGAACCGCCGUGGCGCGCAACUUCUACGACACCUACGACCGCGACUCCGGUUGCUAG